AUGUGUGCUCUUACCAAGUCCGUAGAUCUUUCCAUAUCACGACAACUAAAUUCGCCAUAUUUCUUGGGAUCUACCAUUAAACCACCAUCGACCAUUUUAGGGUGGGACUCCUCUUCCUUCGGCUACCACAAUGACGGAUCCGUGUACCACUCCGCCACUCCGUAUCCAUUUGGUCCGAAAUUCGCCGAAAAAGACGUUAUCGGUUGUGGAGUUAAUCUUCUAACCAAGUCACUCUUUUUCACCAGAAAUGGCGAAUUUUUGGGCAAGGCAUUCGAAGGAAAGUUGCCUGUGUCUAACUUGGUCGAUCUCUACCCCGCCAUUGGACUGGACGGACAGGGUUGCCGCGUGACGACCAAUUUCGGUGACCAACACUUCCUCUACCCCUUCAGACGACACAUCGUGGAGGAGAGAGAAGCCCACGAAAAUCGCCUUAUAGGAUCCUUGAGCAAGGAUUUCCUCAGCGUCAAGAUGCGAGAUCUUGUCGCCGGUUACCUUGUUCACCACGGCUACAUUGACUCGGCACGAGCCUUCUCCCGCUGGGCGACUCUCGCCGACGCCGGCUCAACCACCACCGAGUCGUCAUCGUCGUUGUCUGGCGCCGCAGACAGACGAGGCGACGAGGAGGACCAGGCCUCACUCCCUGGUUUCGCCAGUAUGAUCCAUCGGCGUAGUCUGAGGGCCUACUGCCACCGAUGCCAGUAUGGACGCGCCGCGAACGCCCUCACCGCAAUGUACCCGGGCAUUGUGGAGCGUUAUCCGGAACUCAUUGUGCAAUUACGAUGUCGGCAACUCACUGAAAUGAUGCACCGUCAUUCGGUACAACGCUCGGGCCACCCCUUGUCCUCCAGCGACCCGAAACUCCGGCAGUUGCCGGCGGACAGGAACCGCCAGGCCACAACAACAAGCGCCUCAACCGCGGACGCACCGUGUUUCUGCACCAGCGAGUCCGUCCCCACCCUGGCCACGUGUGAUGCCGAUGGCGACAGUCUUCCAGAUAAGAACCACUUUCCAGCACCCGGCUCUUCAGCCGCCACCUCCUGUGAUGCUAUGGACAUCGACAGUAGUCUCACCAUAGAACCCAACACCAACCACCUUCCUACAACUGCUACCGCGAAUCCCCAUCCACAAUCCCUCUCCGAAACGCACGCUGUGAACCUCCCAAGCGGAGCCCCUUACCCCCCUCACUCUUCUGUCAGUCAGCCUUCCACAGACGACGCUCUAGGCGGCAUUGACGAGGCGGAGGAGGGGGCCGAGGAGUUCUACGAUGACGACGAUGGAUUCGGCCUCGGUGAGAGUCUGAAACAGCAGCCCAGGGAAGCAUCCUCGGAAUCCACCGAGAUGGAGACGGACAGCGUUGAUGACAAUGCUGCAUCGAGGUCGACCUCUGACAUGGCUUCUUCGGCGCCUGCAGCCUCCCAGACUUGCUCUUUGUUGGGAAGACGACAGGACUUAGACGGAACCGCCUCAGUGGAUGAUGACUGUGAGGAGAGACGUCGCCUUCUACGACAGAUUCAGUUCAGUCGAUCUCUCAUGAAUUUGGCCAAGCAGGUUAAAAAGAAGUACGGGUCCCUGUCUCGCGAAACUGAACGCUUAAUUCAGCAAUCUGUGAGUCUAUUGGCCUACUCAUCUCCCUCCUCCCUCGACUGCCCCCUACGGUGCCUUCUCGACCCCUCUUGGCGUGACAACAUUGCCAGCCUUAUUAAUAGUGCCAUUCUCACCGAAGCCCACAAUCUGCCGCCUCAACCAGCAAUAGAACAGGGCCUUCAUGCACUACAGCAGUGCUUUGCGGACCGUCAGUUCGAGGAGGCACAGACGCUUGGUCACUUCCUUCUCUACCAUCUUUCUCCGUCGAAGUACGCCACUGAAAUUCGCCUCCAGCAGUCUGCGUCCACAAUCCCACCUGACCCGCCCGCAUUCCAUUCCAGUAGUCAGCCGAUGGAACAAACAGCCUCUCCAACCGAUGCCUCCACAGUUUCUACCAAUGGCGUGUCCAAUGGCCGUGUUAGCCCGCCGAAGCGGCAUCUUUACACGCCUCCCUCUUCGAACGGUGUGUCACGAAGGCAGUGGCGUCGAAGGCAGGCAGCCUCUCCUCGGUCCAAUGCCAGGUACGUGCCUGUGGUAACUCUCGCUUCAACGGACGAGGAAGAGGAGGAGGAAGAAGAUAUAUCUAUGGGGGAGGAAGUCGAGCUGCACCAUCACGAAGAAUUCGACGAUGAUGACGACGAUGUGGAGUCACUUGAGGAUGACGAGGAAGAAGAGGCCGCUGUCGAGUUGAUGACUGCAACAAUGGAAGAGGAUGGUUUCGACGAGGAAGUGGAAGAUAAUGUAGAGGAAGAGGAGGAGGAGGAGGAGGAUGAAGAAGAAGAGAAAAGUGACGGGGAGGAAGAUCAGGUCGAUAGUGGAGAAAAUUUUAGUUCCUUCGUUGUUGGAGAUAGAGGCCGGAGACGUCCUGGUGGAGGUGAGUUAUCUUGUGUCAUUUCUGCUGGCCCGCUCAUCUUAGUGUCACUCGGAGGCCGCACGUUCAGUCUUAUUCGUCGCAGUCAGGUCUUGCAUCAUUGUGCCCAUCAGCCGGAAGAGACGGUGGAAAUAGUAUUCAGAACCGCGCGCCAGUACAAAACUCGAGCCGUCGUAGUGCGUCUUUCACCACGACCAACUCCGAAAGCUCCCGUCUGCCUGGCAUUCGGCCACGCCGUUACUCGCGUCUGUUCUUUGGCAGCGGCAACACUGGUGGACCCUCAACGCGGGCAUCUCGCCGAAGCGCCAACUCGACGCACUCUCCCUCCAACAAUACUACUAAUCAUAAUUAGUAGCGUCUUUCUUCCCCUUUGCUGCUGCUUGUAUAAAUCGCGUUGGUUCCGACUAACCCCUUUUCGUAUUUCGGUUAUGUGUGUUGCGGAGACUCUCGGUCGGAUGUUCAGACCAACUCAACAGGUCUAUUUGUGUUGUCAGAGUCACCUGCGAUACCCACCUAGUUCGCAAUGCUUCUACAGCUACGCCAACAAGAAACCUUCUCUGAAAAGCCCGAAGACACUACUGACGGAGAGAAAGACUGAGAGCGAAGUGGAAAAGCAAAAACAGCAGGAAAGUCCAGGCGACGACGGAGAACUUGACAAUCGCAGCCUAUUCGACCCCCGAUACCUAGCUGAGGUGUACCAGGACUUUUAUCGCGAACUUGCAAAGGCUUAUGCUGGAAUUAUGAAUGGUUUUAAAAAAUACAAGUAG